CAAUGUGACCUGUACGUGUCGGCCUCCGCUUCCGCAACAUCGCACCAAUCCCACGCAAUUCAAUUCGUGGCACAGCUUGCAUAGAGAAAGGAUGACCUUGCGUUCGGCGUGGUUGCCACUGUCAUAGCGUUACAAGGCGGCUUCUUCAGCCGCCUAGACCCGCUAUCUUCAUCACGGCUCCUCUUCAAUCUUCCUCUUCGCCCUCGCCUAGCUCGUCCACUGCGAUAGCUAUGGAGCGAAUACGAAAUUUAACUGGACGUAAGCAGAGCUACGAGAGGCUACGUGAAGAUGCCGACAGAGAGUUCUGCGCUUCGGAAACGCAACCCCUCACUCUUCCUAACGACGAUGACGAAGAAGCAGAAUAUGAGGACCAAGAUGCCCGGGUCAUGGAGAGGCGUUUAUCGGAAGCGCCGUUUCAAUGGUUCGUUUACGGUGUGUUCUUCUUGUUAGGUGUUGCUAUGCUGUGGGCUUGGAACAUGUUCUUAGCAGCCGGACCAUAUUUCCAGAAGCGCUUUAAGUCUGACGAAUGGCUGCUUCGCAAUUUUCAGUCCGCAGAGCUCACAGUGUCCACCAUCGCAAACUUGGGUACAGUCUUGCUUCUCACAAACUUGCAAAAGGGAGCCUCCUAUCCGAAACGAAUUAUCUAUGCCCUAAUCAUCAACAUUGGUGCUUUCACCUUGCUGGCAAUGUCUACACGUAUCUUUACAAGCGUCUUUCCGUCGGUUUAUUUUGGCUUCCUGAUAAUCCUGGUCUUCGCCGCAUCAGUAGCCACGGGCCAGAUGCAGAAUGGAAUAUACGCAUAUGUUGCAGGCUUUGGCAAAGAGGAGUAUACCCAAGGCAUCAUGACUGGACAAGCAGUGGCUGGUGUCGCUCCUCCGCUUGUGCAAAUCGUAUCUGUCUUAUCUGCUCAACCAGCACGGGCCGACGAAGGUGUUCCGGAAGAGUCGUCCACAUCGGCCAUGGCUUAUUUUCUCACGGCAACGGCUAUCUCUUCCAUCACACUGCUGGCCUUCCUCUAUCUCUACAGUUCUCAUCAAAAACGAUUCGGUUCGAAAGCGCUUCUAGAGCAAACCGAUCUACAUGACGGUGAUACCGUGGAUGCUAUGCCCAAGCGCAGGGUGCCACUCACGGUUCUCUUCCGCAAGACUUUUUGGCUGGCUACAGCCGUAUUUUUCACUUUCGGAAUAACGAUGGUUUAUCCAGUGUUUACGCAAAAGAUCGAUUCGGUUCAUCUCCCCUCUGCGGGUAAAAUUUUCGAACCCGCCUCAUUUAUCCCUCUUGCAUUCUUUUUCUGGAACGCCGGUGACCUUGCAGGCCGUCUACUCACAGCCAUCCCCAUGAUUCGUAUAACGCAUCGCGCGCGCCUUGUGUUCAUUCUGUCCAUUUGCAGAGUGGCUUUCAUACCCAUGUACCUUCUUUGCAAUAUUCGUGGAAAGGGCGCCGCCGUGAACAGCGAUCUAUUCUACCUAGGCGUUGUUCAGUUGCUUUUCGGGAUGAGCAAUGGUUACAUUGGUAGUUUGUGCAUGAUGGGUGCAGUGGAGUACGUCGAGGAUGACGAAAGAGAGGCCACUGGAGGGUUCAUGGGACUUAUGCUCGUUGCUGGCCUUACUGUUGGAAGUCUUCUAAGCUUUACCGUGGCUGGAUAAGUGACUUGUAAGCUUAAUUUAUAGACACUUGGUUAGACAUUAUGUACAUGAAGCUUGAACGAAUCCAUUGCAUUCUACA